UUGGUCGUUAAAUCUGCAUAAAAGUCUCUUUACUAUCCUAACCUACAUCUCGUGUUGUCCGAAUAUCAAACUCUUCGUCUGUUUCAGUUCAAACAGAACAACCUAAAACAAAAUCUUAAUUUCACCAGAUCUUCCCUCUCUCCCAAUCUUCAAAUUAAACCCUUACAUAGUAAUUCAAAUUUCUCAAAUUUCCAAUUUCUUUUCCAAAAUUAGGUUUCAACCGAAAAUCUUCAUCAAGAUCUUGAUAAAAUUAAGUUUUUUUGAAAUUCGUGGUGAAAUUAAGUUUUUUCUUGAAAUUCCUCACCCUUUGUUGGCUUGAAAUGAGAUUUUGGCAAAAUUAGGGUACAAAAAAUGCCAGAAUUAUUUUCAUCAGAGAAGAAUAGUUUGAUAUCUCCAACAAGUUCUAGGUCAGUGACAGAGACUAUUAAUGGGUCUCAUAAAUUUGUGAUACAAGGUUAUUCAUUGGCGAAAGGGAUGGGAAUUGGUAAACAUAUAGCUAGUGAGACUUUUACUGUUGGAGGUUAUCAAUGGGCGAUUUAUUUUUAUCCAGAUGGGAAGAAUCCUGAAGAUAAUUCAGCUUAUGUUUCUGUGUUCAUUGCUUUAGCAAGUGAAGGUACAGAUGUUAGAGCGCUAUUUGAGUUGACACUGGUGGAUCAGAGUGGGAAAGGAAAACAUAAAGUUCAUAGUCAUUUUGAUCGUUCGUUAGAGAGUGGACCGUAUACCUUGAAAUAUCGUGGGAGUAUGUGGGGUUACAAGAGGUUUUAUAGACGAGCGGUGCUUGAAACGUCAGAUUUUCUUAAGGACGACUGCUUAAAAAUUGAUUGCACAGUUGGUGUUGUAGUUUCGCAAACAGAUUGCUCAAGAUUACACUCCAUUCAGGUUCCAGAUUCUGAUAUUGGAUCCCACUUUGGUAUGCUACUUGAGAAUCAGGAAGGUUCAGAUAUUGUUUUCAACGUAGCUGGAGAAAAGUUUCAUGCUCACAAGUUGGUAUUGGCUGCGCGAUCCCCUGUAUUUAGAGAUGAAUUGAUGGAUGGUAUGGAUGAAGACGAAUGUGAGGUAGUUGUUAAAGAUCUGGAGCCGAAAGUUUUUAAGGCUAUGCUCCACUUUAUAUACAAAGAUGCUCUGCUUGAAGAUGAGGAGUUAGUCGCAUCAACAGCAUCUUGUGUUUCUGAUACAUUAGUUGGGAAGUUAUUAGCUGCUGCAGAUAAGUACGGUUUGGUGAGACUCAGAUUGAUGUGUGAGUCUUACUUGUGCAAAGAUAUAGCCAUUAAUUCAGUUGCAACUACUCUGGCGUUGGCCGACAGUUAUCAUGCCACGGAGCUAAAAGCUGUCUGUCUGAAAUUUGCGGCUGAAAACCUUGCAGGAGCUCCUCCCCAAGUAACUGAAAUUCGGGAAUCGGGAACGGAGCCUAGGGUUUCGGAUUGAUUCCGUUUGCUAUUUUUCUCCUGUACUUAAUAUCUCGUUUCUUCAUUGCUCCAAUGACCACUCUCGAUGCAGCUGUCAUGCGAUCUAAUGGGUUCGAGUAUCUCAAAGAAAAUUGUCCAGCGUUGCAGUCAGAGCUCUUAAAGAUAGUAGCUGGGUGUGAGGAUGAUUGUAGCAGCGGUGGUGGAGGCGGCGGUGGAAAAAGUCGAACUGUGUGGGGUCAGCUUUCCGACAGUGAGGAUGGUAAUAACGGUAGGAGGGUAAGACAGCGUUCCUGACACGUGAGAGAAGAAAAACUUUUGUACAUCGACCGUGUUGCCUUAAAGGAAGAAAGAUAUUGCUCCAUUCUAUGGAGGAUACUUGUUUGAGUUACCAGAUGGAUGUAUUGUUGUGGUAGUGACUUGGAUAUUGUUAAAUAUAUGACUUUGUAUUUUAGUUCGUAAUUUUGUCUUGGUGUUGUAGCAGUGGAGAGAACUUCCUAACUUCUGGAACUGAGAAAUAUAUUCAAAGGCUCGUCUGACAGAAACAAAGGUUACUUCAGAACACGCUAGUCUUCGUCAUUUGUCAUUGUAAGUCAUGAUGUAAUGGUAACCCAUAAGGCCAAGUUAAUCAUUGAAUUGUAUUCUGUGCGUUUCUAUAGGAAAA